UUUUAUUUCCUUCCCGCCAGAUCACACUUGGGUUGCAUCAAAUGUUUAUGAAGAUUUGCCACCAUUCGCCAUUCAUGCUGGUCAUGAUUCAGAUGGUGAUGCCAUUUACGUGGGACGUGCUUAUCACAACGGUGACAUGUUGCCAGCCAAAGUAGUACCAAGCAAGAAACAAGCUUAUGUUGCCUGGGGCGGUGAGGAAAUCAACAAGCACGAUGUUGAAAUUUUAACCGGUCAUCAUUAUGUUUGGAUUCCCGGCAGCGGUGGCAGUGUACCUCCUCACGCCUUGCAGGUUGGACAAACUAGCGAUGGUGAACCUUUGUAUGUGGGUCGUGGUCAUUGGGCUGGCAGUUUGACUCCUGGUAAAAUUCAUCCUUCCCAUGGUUGUUUGUACAUUCCCUAUGGUGGCGGUGAACACAAAUUGGACCACUAUGAAGUCCUGGUGCAACCAGAAACUUGGGUUUCCUCCUCCGGCAACAAUAUCGUGCCCGGUACCAUUCUAGCCGGCCAUGAUGCCGAUGGUGAUCCAAUUUAUGUUGGCCGUGCCUAUCAUGAUGGCGACUUAUUACCUGCCAAGGUUGUGCCCAACAAGGGCUGCGCGUAUGUGGCCCACGGCGGUCAGGAACAUUCCAAAUAUGACUUCGAGCUGUUGGCUGGUUACGGUUAUGGCUGGGUACCCGAUUCUAAUGGCAGUGUACCUCCCAGUUCUGUUGUUUGUGGUCGCACCUGCGAUGGCGAACCUUUGUACAUUGGUCGUGGUCAUUGGAGUGGCAGUCUGACACCUGGUAAAAUUCAUCCCUCUCAUGGUUGUUUGUACAUACCUUUCGGUGGCCAAGAGGUACGCAUCCAUGAUUAUGAGGUUUUAGUCAGAGCUUAAUUAAUGUUUGGUGGUUCUAUUAAGAGAACUUUUUAUGCUUUUCCACAUCCAAAAUAAUUUAAUUUUAUUUUAUUUAAUGUAUUACUAUGUACUAAUAUUUUUGUUAUGAUUUUUAUUUAAUAAAAUAAAAAAAAUAUUGAAAUUUUUCCAUUAUGGAAUAAUUUUAAACAGUA